UGGAACACCAAAACAUUAUAAAACAUAGUGCCAAAAACAGGAAUCCUUACAUCUCCCUAGGACGCAUGUCUGAAACCACAUGAUGAUAACAACCUGCCGGUAGGAAGUGGUAAAUUACUAAACCAGACUCAGUCUUGAGACUACACUAUUAAUAGGGGUAGAAUUAGUGACAGCUGAGCAAACUGACCUGGCCAUCCCCCAGCUGAGCUCCCACUUCUCCCCCUCACCUAACCUGCUUGUGUCCUCAAUCCUGGGUGAGUUAUUCAUUGCUUAGAUCUCAGGAGAACACAGGGCCAGCUUCCAUACCACUGCUCCUCUAAGAUUCGCUCUUGGGCCAUGGCUGUUCACAGACAAACAUCAAAGAUGGCACUGUACCUUGUUUGGACCCUGAUGGGCUUCAGUCUAAGUGCCCCUCCAAUUACUUCGGGCCCUGGACCAUAUGACCUGGAGAAUUAUGAUGACUCAAACACAUGGAAUCUAAACACAUACGGAGAGACCUAUGAUUAUGAUGACCUGGAUGAGGAGACUGAGGUUGGGACGCUGGCUCCUCCCCCAGCAGUCACUCAGCCACCUGCUAUAGUUCCUCCAGAGGACUAUGUGGAGGAAGUGACACUGCCACCCCGUCCGACAAAGUCCGUUUUCCCUUCCACUCUAGACUUCCAUGGUCCGGGCCUGUUUGGGCCUGACACAGGCUUAGGCAUGCCCUCCUGCCUGCUGUGUGUGUGUAUCAGUGGCAGUGUGUACUGUGAUGACUCAGACCUGACUCAGAUUCCCCCUCUCCCUAAAGAAACCACACACUUCUACGCUCGCUUCAACAAGAUCACAGAGGUCAGGGCCACAGACUUCAUCAAUCUCAAUCAGCUAAAAAGGAUCGACCUGAGUGCAAACCAGAUAAGUAAAGUGAACAAGGAUGCUUUUCGGUCAACGCUUCAGCUUCAGGAUCUCAUAUUGGCUGAUAACAACAUCCAGGCCCUUCCAGAACUCCCAGCUACCCUCAAACACAUCGACGCUCGCAAUAACCAGCUGAGGAGUACAGGCAUGCAUGCAGAGGCCUUUAUGAAGAUGAAGGAACUUCAGUUCCUGUACCUGUCAAAUAACAAGUUAGACUACAUUCCUGAACCCCUCCCUGAGAGCCUACGAGUGCUCCACCUGCAGAACAACAAUAUACAGAGCAUAGGCCAAGAUACUUUCUGCAACACCCACGACAUUAACUACAUACGGAAAGCCCUGGAGGACAUCAGGCUAGACGGCAACCCUGUGGAUAUCAAUCUUUACGCCCAUGCUUAUGUCUGCUUACCACGACUACCUAUAGGAACUCCAGUCUAGGACAGCGUCCCCCUAUUUUCCGCAGUUUGUGUGUGUAUGUGUGUAUUUUCUGAACUUCAUAACUCAUAACAAAUACUUUAAAAUGUCACCAUAUCUAGGCAAUCAAUAUCUAUCUUUUAAAUUCCAGGUUAGUUCUUAUUUAGCCAGUCAUGCUAGGUAGGUAUUUAGUGACUUUGCACUCAUUGCAAUCCAAAAUGGCUCGGUUUCAAAAUCCAGUGAGCUACCAUAGACAUAAUCUUAAAUGUAAAGGCAAAAUAAGUGACCAAUUUGAAACCUUCAGAGGCUGCAAUACUGCAAAAACAGGAGACGCAACUCACAGUUGAUUUUAACAGUGUUUGCAGUUAGCAUGCUGCUAAGCUAAUGAAUUGUUAGUCAAAUAACCAUAUAAAUAAGUAACACACAAAAAUAUGUAGUAAAAUAGUCAAUUCAUUAGUCAUAAAUGUGCAACAGGCAAUAUAAUAUAAAUUUAAUUUUGCGGAAAUGUCACCACAGACAACAUUCUCUAACAUUUUUAUAUUAUUACAAUUUUGUGAUUCAACCACCAUUUGGGAGGCUUUCUCU